UUCUGUAGCCGACAAUUCUGUAGACGAGCCGUGAUUUAAAUGUGAUUGUUGUGACUGCGGUGUAUUCGACACGGUAUACGAGAGAAAAGAGAAAGAUCAGUUUGUUUAAGCUUGAAGAGGUUUAUAAUAAGUAUCACAUGAUAACUGUCGGUGAGUUGAGUUGCAGAACACGUGGAAAUAGUCGGGUAUUAAUUUUGACAAAACCAAAGAUUCGGGCAGUGUUCCAGGCCUUAGCCCGAAAAACGUUGUCAGUAAAGAAUAUUUCCUAGCGUAUUGCCUAAUCUGAAUUUCUGUGCUAGUACCCCAGAAAACCACUGACCAGAACUAAAUAACUAUUACGUAAAGUUAAAAAGGUAAACAAGCUUCGGUUACAACUUAUUUCAAUAAAACACACCAACAAGUUUGGUCAAGCAAAAUGGAUUACAAAAGAUUCUUGUCAAACUUUUCAGAAGCAAGUGAGUUAUACAUGAUCAGGAAAAUGGUUUAUUUAUCAUGGUCUGUACCUGGGUCAGUGGAAAUUGCUUCUGGCAUGCCCAACCCGGAAACGGUUCCGUUUUCGAGCGCAACCUUUAAGUGCAAAGAUGGGACAGAACUUCAUGUGGACGAAGACACGAUGAGAAAAAUAACUCCCUAUCAGAGACCACGAGGCAUGGACGACCUCUUAAAAUGGAUUUCUGUAAUCCACAAAGAUUUCCACAACCCACCAAAGAUGGGUGCAGCUAAAGAUGGGAGUCAGUGGGGAGCUUCGGUUUGUCCUGGAGCAUUAGGUGGAAUGGACUUCCUUUUUCAAGCCAUUUUAAAAGAGAAUGAUGUUGUGUUAUUGGACGAGUUCGCGUUCGGAGGAACAAAGAAAUUGAUUCGUAAAAUGAAAUCUGUUUAUCUCGGUGUUCCAAUUGAUGAAGAGGGAUUAGUGCCGGAGAAACUCAGAGAUAUUCUCAAUCGCUGGGAAGAACUUUCGGCACCGAUUGCUAAUGGACGAAAGAUGAACAAACCAAAGGUACUGGUCACCACGCCAGUGGGACAGAACCCGACUGGGGUUAACACGACGCGUGAAAGAAAACAAGAAAUAUACAAAAUAGCUCAAGAAUACGAUUUGUUAAUAGUGGAGGACGAUCCUUACUAUUAUCUGCAGUAUGGAAAGACUUACAUACCAAGCUAUCAAUCACUGGACGUGGACGGAAGGGUAAUUCGAUUGGAUUCAAUGUCAAAGUUUAUGAUUCCUUCAAUGAGACUUGGUUGGAUGACUGGACCCGAAGCGAUCUUGGAACGUGUGAUUGGGUUUAUGGGUUGCUCAUGCAUGUCGCUAUCUUGUUUUUCUGAAAUUGCGACGCUUAAGUAUUUCGAUAGCUUGGGUUUAGAAGGCUUUCGUAACCGAGCGAAAUAUCUGAGUGAUUUCUACAAGGAACGAAGAGAUAUGGUCGAGGGUUUGGUUAAGACUCACUUACGGGGUAUAGUAAGUUGGACAACACCAACGGCGGGUAUGUACAUUUGGCUCAACCUGCUCAACACGGACGACAGCAUGUUUUUGGCGGAUGAGGAGUUAUGCAGAAAAUACAAAGUGUUCGUCGUACCCGGGAUCGAUUUCGCUUGUGACUCAUCUAAGACGUAUAGCCAGGUCCGCCUUUGCUUUGCUAGGACAACUCAAGCGGAUUUUGAAAAGGGUAUACCACUGCUGGCAAGAUUUAUUACUGAAAACAUCACUAGAAAAGUUUAAAUGAAGCCGUCGCUUCAUUAGCUUGAACUUUAUUUGCUCAUUUAUCAUUUUAUGGAGGAAACAUGGAACUACAGACACAAAUAAAAUUUGCUUUUCGUUCAUUCGUUAAAAAUCACAAUCUUUAUAUAAUAUUCCGGCUGCAGCAUUGAGUUGUGUAAGUAUUGUUUUGCGGUGGCUGCUUUUUUACGGUGUUGGUUUUUCGUUCAACUAUUUUAUCCAAAAUUAUAGUAAAUUCAAACCAUUUGCAACAAAAAAAACAUUGCUCGGCCCAAACUUUAUCUUAAAUUAGUUUUGUAUGAUUUUUUUGUUAAAAAGUUUGGGUGCGUUCAAAGAAUUAAAUAUCGUCUGAAAUAUAAGUAUUAAACAGGUGCUUUUA